ACUAAUACUGCAUUUCAGAAUCAGAAACAAAAUAGUAAUACAUAAAACACUUUAUUACAACACACGCGAGUGUAACAGAGUGAAAGCGUGGCAAAUGUUCAGAUGCUGACUGCGUGCGUGACGCGCCGCGGGGACGAUCCGGAGCAGAUGCGCGGCUGUUUCACACGAUCCACCUUAAACCCAGAGCUCGUCCGCCCCUCCUGCAUCUGCCCCAUGAUCCUCUUUCAUUCAUCAGUGUGUGUGUGCGCGCAAAAACAGCGCACGCAUCUGAUCCGACACACUCACGCAGAGUCGGGCGCGCGGAGAGCACUGCGCUAAACCAGCAGCGAACGCGCUUUAUUCGUGGAUUUAUCCGGAUUCCUUCUGCUGCUUCUCGCGGAGGUUCCUCUGGAUGUUACGCUCGCAGUCAUGCGCUGAUUUUUGGCCUCGCUCUGGACAUAUUGAUGGAUGUUUGGAACAUGGACUGAUGGAUUUGACAUUAUGGGAGUCUGUCUAUAGGGUGUCAGAUGAACGUUGCAUCCGUGUUGUUUGGAGUUGCUGAUCGUGUCUUAUGGAUCGCCACGGACAGCGCGGAGGGAGCGUCAGACAUCCGGACCUCCCCUCCGGUGCCAUCCUGUCCCUGGACCAGAUCAAAGCCAUCCGCUCCUGCAACGAUUACACGGAGGGCCCGGCUGUAGCUCGCAGACCGGCCCCGGAGCCGCCUCGCAUGCCUCCACCGCGCAACGCGGACAAGCAGGAGAGGACUCACGAGGUGAUCCUGGUGAACGUGAAUAAUAACUACGAGCACCGAACGCGGCAUCCUCCGGUGCUCAGCAGGUCCACGAGCACCGGCAGCGCCGCCAGCUCCGGGAGCAACAGCAGCCGCGGGUCGGAGCAAGGCCUGCUAGAGCCAUCGCAUUAUCGCCACCGCGCCAUACGGACUCAGCCGAAAUCUCUGAAUGCCUCCUCGCAUCCGUUUCUCCCACCGGACGUUCCGCUUAAACAGUCGCAGACGGAAAAUCUCAACUCGCCGCAUUUAUACAUCUGCGAGAGCUGCGGGAAAUGCAAGUGCGGCGAAUGCACGGCGCCUCGUCCGCUCCCGGCGUGCCUCGCGUGCAACGGACAGUGCCUGUGUUCGGCCGAGAGCGUGGUGGAGCACGGGACGUGCAUGUGUUUGGUCAAAGGGAUUUUCUAUCAUUGCUCGAAGGACGAUGACGACGUGGGCGACCCGUUCGCGGACCGGCCGUGUUCACUGUCGCAUCCGAAGUGCUGCUCGCGCUUUCUGUGCAUGGGCCUCAUGUCGGCGCUCUUCCCGUGUCUGCUGUGCUACCUGCCUGCUAAGGGCUGCGUGAAAGCGUGCAACUCGUGCCACGACCGCGUGAACCGGCCUGGAUGCCGCUGCAAGAACUCUAACACCGUUUACUGCAAGCUGCAGAACUGGAACCAUACGCCCGGAAAACCGUCCUGAGAACUCGCCCAUAUUUCGUUAGCUGAAAAAAAGCUAAUUUUGCUGCUGCAGGAUGCGGAAAUUGCGAAUGGGGGCGGGGCGAGGGGGUUAUGUUAAUGAGCACAUGGUAAGCCACGCCCCCUCCACGCAGCACAGAAGAACCACUUGUUUCUUUUCUGAACCAGUGUUUGCCUUACCUGACUGUGUACAGCUACUAUCUAACAUGCGACGGUGCUUUGAAACGCCUCCUACCAAACCUGUGAAGGACUAUGUAGUAAUAUGUAGCUGUUAUCAGAUCUACAGGCGCAGUUGAUACGAAACUGUCCGUUCGUUCUCAUGUAAAGUUCUACGUUCAAAUGCUUAAGAGGAAUUUACGGCUAUUUUUUAAAAGGAAAUGUUAAAACUGUUAAAUCUUUUUUUUUCGUUGUUGUUGAUGUUGUAAAAAUAUAUAUAUUUAUUAUGUGAAGCUCUAUUAUUUUAUGAUAUUUAUUGCAAAGGACAGAUUUAUUCAUGUCUGAAUAUAACAAAAUAUCAACACUUACUGCAACAUGAAAGAAUGGAGAAACAGAUGGAUCCAUGUUAACUUUAAUGCAAAAAUAUACAAAUUAAUGCAAA